GAUAGACCCUGUUGAGGUAGAAUGCUGAAUAGGUGAGUGUCCUUGUUCUUCUUCUGACAGGAAGCUUGAAAAUAGAGGUCUGUCAAGAUGCCUGAGAGUGGCGGUGUAUCGGAUGGCGCCAGGAAGAUCCUGACGCUUGAGGACCUUAUUGCGGCCAUUGACCGGCAUGAGAAGACUCCAAGCAAUGUCCCAAAGGUUGAUACCUUUCAUUUCAAUGGAGAAAGAGUUUCGGACUGGUUGGAUCUGGUGGAGCAAGCAAUGGUAGGAUGGUCUGAUGCGGUGAAGUUCCUGCAAAUUCUGAGAUACGUGCUUCAUGGGCAUCAUCAAGAAGUGGGGAAGGUUAUGGACGCCGCCCACGGUAGCUGGGCGAGGUUCAGAGAGGGAAUGCAGCGCAAGUACCGGUUGGGAGAUGGGUUGCUGACCACCGCGGACCUUGAGGCAAUGAAUAAAGAUAACUUCACUACGAUAGGGGCCUUUGUGCACGAAUUCAAGAAAAGGGCGAGGAAGGUCCACGGGAUCUCGGAGGAGGCGCAAUGUGCUAUCUUUUUGGGACUACUUACUGCGUCUGAGGCCUCCGAGUUGACGAGUCAUGGAGGAGGCAGCGCCAAGCUCACCUGGGCCACCAUUGACAAGGGGGUGGAGGAUGGAAGCCUAGACCACGUAGAGCAACACCAGGUUGGGAAAGUGAAGGUCGGGGCAUGCUUCUUCAUUAUGCCGGAUGUAGAUCAUGAGAUCCUCUUGGGGAGGUCGUUCUUGAGCAGGAUAGAGACAGUGAUUUUCAACAAGCAUGAUGGGACUUUGAUCCUCGUCCUGUGUGACCCUGCCUGCGGGAACUAUGAGGUAAUUACCUGCAGAAAUACAGGGCCAAGAAGCAUAAGGAACCGGCCCAAUCAGAGAUCUUUCACGAUUGAGGAGUCAGAGGGCGAGCGUCGGAGGCUCCUGGCAGAGCCGGAAGAGGAGGAGAGAAUCGAGGCAUUCUCCCUCAGCUUGUCAGAUGUGAGUAAGGUCAUAGACAUAGUGGCCGCGCAUGAGAUGACAGAUCCAGAUGCCAUCCAGGCAUUGAGGGAGCAGAUUGACGUUAUAGCAGCACUUCAUGAUGGUAUUGCAGGAGGGCAUCGAGGGGUGAGUGUCACAUACACCAAAAUAAGUGAGUUAUAUUACUGGGAUGGAAUGAUGGACAUGAUUGGGAAGUUUUGUCGAUCUUACGUUCCCUGUCAAGAGAGAUCUCGUCUAAGGCCAGGGGAGCCGUUGCAUCCAAGGCUAGAACGAGAAGUGGGGGCCGUAAUGCAUCUCGACCUACUCUUUAUGCCACUGGGGGAUCAGGACUAUAACUACAUCUUCGAUGCGCGUGAUAACCUCUCUGGCUUCGUAGAUGGACGUGCCAUUCUUACAAAGGCUUGGCCAGUCUUGGUUAGCUGCAUCGAAGAGUAUUAUCUGCGCUACCCUUUUGUCAGAGAAUUCGUAAUGGACAGGGGAUCGGAGUUCACCUGCCAGGAGGUGCAAGAGUUGUUAUCAAGGUCUGACUUUACGAAGACAGUCGUGCCAAGAGGAGGGAGGGGGACACGGCCGCCACGGAGGCCGUUGGGAGCAUCAGGAGGAUAUGAGCAGUAUGGGUCUCGCCACCGGGAGAGCACUCCCGUAUAUGAUGAUGGGGACAUCGAACUGUUCCUGGAUAGUUUCUGGGGGUAUGCUGAGCGCAUGGGCUGGACCACGACCCAGGCGAUCGAGAGGUUGAGGGGAGCCGGCAGGUUCGCGGAGCUCAUUGCCCAGAUCCGUAGGGAAGCGAUGACGAGGUCAGAAGUGGAGAUGAGUAUACAGGAGCUACGAUCCUCGUCUUUGGGGCCCCAUGGCAGGCCGAUCCGCCUGGAGAUCGGCAAUGCAGAGACAUUUAUCCCCGCUUUCGAGUGGUUCAUGCAGGGGCAGGGUAUACCGAGAGAUGACCGGGGGAGGACGCUACCUCUUUGGACCAGCAACGCGGAGAGGCCAUUAGCCAGGCAGAUCGGAGAUAUGGCUCGAGACUGGGAGAGCUGCAGAGCGCACUUGAGAGAGGCUUUUCGAAGGCCAGAGCCACCUCAGCCCAGAGUCGAGAGACGUCAGAGGAGCAGGAGGCAGAGGGACCCUGAACCUAGCGAGGCCAGACCGUCUCGAGGGGGACAGAAGGCACUCGCCCGGAGAGAGGAGGAGUCGGCGCCUGAGGCUGAGAGACGAGGGGCGUAUCCUGAGUGUGGGUUGGGACCAGUGGCGUUCCAUCGUUUUACUAAGGGUGAGUUGGGGAGGCCUCCAUUGCACACACCGGAGGAGACGCCAACAGCUGAGGAGCCGCUGAGAGAGUUUGAGGCGCAUCUGGACAUCUCUCGGUGGAGAGUGUCGCCUCGAGGCGAGGAGCGUGGAGGACAGGCUGAGGAGGAGCCACGAGAGGAGAUGCCUCGAGAAGACGUGCCACGAGAGGAGGUCCGAGAUGCUCAGAGAGAGAGGAGAGUGGGUGAUGAGGGGAGAUGUGGAGGGAAGGAAGUGAUAGAGGUUGGAGAGGACACACCCCCUCGGACGCCAGUUGUGGGGUUGAGGCUUGGAGAUCUGCCAGGGAGCGCGCGCGAGAGAGCAGAGGAGUCGCAGAGAGAGGAGGACCCGUUGCCUUCAUCAGAGAUGGCUCCCUCGCCAGGAAGAAGGGCAGAGAAGGAAGGAGAAACUGCAAGUGUGAGGGGAGAGGACCUGACCUUGAUUGACAGGUACUUAGCAGCACAUGCCUUGGAGCAUCCAGACCUGGAGGAGCCAGCACCCGUAGAGUCACGCAAGGAGCCGUGCCAGCCUGAGAGAGAGAUGGAGGCAGAAAUCCCAGGGAGGGCAAACCAUCGGAAGAAGACGAAGGCAGAGGGCUAUGGACUACGCCUGGAGACGAUGGAGGUAGAGAUCCAGGAGCUUAGGACUCUGGUGGCUAGUCAGGCUGCCAUUAUUGAGGACUUGAGGCAGCAACUUCAAGGGAGAGCGGACAAGGCCAAGAGCAGCCAACAGGGAGAGCAGAGGCAGUCGGGACAUGGGUUGUCGGACAGCCAUCUGUAGCAGAGCCUCGCCAGGAGCCACCUAUGGGGAGAGUUAUCCUGGAACCAGAGGAGGCGAGAGCCUAGAGGGAGGCAGAGAGAGCGGCCUUCGAGUUCAGAGCCCCUACUGAAC